GAUGCUGACAGUUCCACAGAAGAGAUGAUAAGGAAAAGCAAAUAAAUCCACGACAUUUCGUAAACUCCCGAUCUAAUUUCUCAAGCUAUAUCUCUGAGUCAACAAUCCACCGUGGCGCAGACGUGGGUCAGCAGGAGAGUAGGAAAAAAUAGCCAAUUCAGCUGAUUCUGUGAUACGAUUACCCGGGCAGAGAGUGGAAGUUGCACACUGUGAAAGUAGCCGAAAGACUGAAGAUUUUUUGAGAGCGAGAAAGUGGUUUUCUGUCAUUUUUUGCGUGGCCAGAGGAGAGAAAGAAUUAAAGAGAAAAAAUGAAGGAUUUGAAGAGGGAUGAAAUCCUGUUGCUGUUUGAUGUGGAUGGCACACUGACGGGACCACGGAUGAUGAUUACGUCAGAAAUGGAGGAUUUCCUCUACCACACCGUCCUACCAAGAGCAACCCUUGGCUUGGUCAGUGGAUCUGACCUGGAUAAGCUUUUUGAGCAAAUCAGCAGGAAUAGAGUGCAAGAGUUGGAUUUUGUCUUCCCAGAAAAUGGCCUAGUUCACAUUGAGCGUGGCAAGGAGAUUGGCCGGCAAUCCCUUGUGACGCACCUGGGAGAGGAAAAAAUCCAGGAUUUUGUUAACUUCAACCUCCACCACCUGUCCACAAUUAAAUUGCCCGUCAAACGGGGCACAUUCAUUGAAUACCGCAGUGGGAUGAUCAACAUCUGCCCAAUUGGGAGGAAUUGUACACGAGAGGAACGAAAUGCCUUUGCGGAGUAUGACAAAGUGCACGAAGUGCGCAAGAAGAUGAUUGAGGUGCUCAAGAAGGAGUUUCACGAUGUUGAUCUCACGUACAGUAUUGGUGGGCAGAUCAGCUUCGAUGUCUUUCCCAAUGGAUGGGAUAAAUCUUACUGCCUGAAACACGUCGAGGGGAGGAAAUUCAAAGAAAUCCAUUUCUUUGGUGAUAAAACCAAUCCCGGUGGGAAUGAUCAUGAAAUCUUUGCUGAUGCCCGGACUAUUGGACACACUGUGUCAAGCCCUGAUGAUACCAAAAGGAUCCUAAAGGAACUUCUGGAUGUUUAAUUAUGAUUUUUAUUUUACACCAAAAUUCUUCCCAUUAAAUGCACUUUUUAUCACA